AUGGCUGAAGCCGAAACUAUGAAGUUUAUCCGAGAGCAUACCAGCAUUCCCGUCCCCGAUGUACACAAUGCCUACAUAGACGAGCAGUCGAACCAUGUGCGAAUUGUGAUGGAAUUUAUCGAAGGGGACAAUCUUGAUGUUGCUUGGGAGACGUACACGGAAACAGAGAAGGCUUCUAUCAUCUCUCAACUUCGUGAAUACAUGGGUGAGCUUCGCCAGAUCAAGGGCACGCACAUCAGCAGCAUCGAUGGCUCGUGGUGUAAUGACCAUUAG